CUCGUUUUCACCAGAAGAUACAGAACAGGCGAUUGAGCUCCAUAGCGAAUUAAUGGCGGGGAGGACGAUGUUGAAGGAGAAGAGCAGGGCAGGAAGCUUCUUCUCCGCGACAUUAGUGCUUUGGACAGUCUCUCUUUGGUUCGAAAUUCUGUUCGACAGGCGCUUCGAGCUGCUCUACCUCGUAUUCGGAGCCCUGUUCUACCAAUCCGCCAAUUCGGCCAUUCGAUUUCUUAUUUCUAAGGAACCUCUCGUAGUCAACACCGCCGUCUCUCUCCUUCACUCUAUUAUCACUUCUGCUUCAGUGUUGUUUGUUUUGGUGAAUCGGUGGCUGAGUCAUGGUUCGGACGGGAUGUUUGAGCAUUCACAGUUGUUUGGAGGAACAUGGCCGUGGGCUUAUGCAGCUUUGUGCUUCUCAUGUGGUUAUUUUGCAUAUGAUCAGUGGGAUAUGCUGCAAUACCGAUUAUACAGUGGCUGGAUCCCUGCCAUCUUGGUUCAUCAUCUGGUUCUCCUCAUUUGCUUUACACUUGCUUUGUAUAGGAAUGUCACCAUCAAUUAUCUCAUUCUCACUCUCAUUUGCGAGCUGCAUUCUAUCUUCCUCCACGUAAGGCGAUUGCGACGGAUGGCUGGUGUUCGUGACGCCGAGAGCUUUAUCGUGAAAGUCGAAUGGACUCUGAACUGGCUAACGUUCAUUUUCGCAAGGUUUGUACCUCACAUUCUCAUUACUGCCAAGCUCAUCAUGGAUGCUUCCAAGUUUGAUAAAGGCGUAGAGCUGCCGCUCGCACUGUUUGGGAUGGCUGCCAUGAACCUGCUGAAUGUUUUUCUUGGCAUUGAUCUCUUCAACGCUGUAAAGAAAGAGAGUAAUUAUCAGAAAAAUGAUCAUCUUCAUAAUGAAUGAAGGCCAACAUGGUGGAAAUUGUAUUUGUUCUUUGUAUUAUAUUGUAAGAAAAUGCUGAACAGAAGACGAUUCAGGAGAAAUUUAUGUAACACUGAAUACAAAUUUGUGUAAAAUUACUUUAAUAUUUAGUUAAAGAAAUUUAGUACUAUUA